GUUAUUUGAGUAUCUAUCAGAGAAUGCUCUUAGCUUCCCUGUGAUUCAUCACAUUCAGUUUCCAAAGGGAAUUCACAGAGACGACUUGGUUAUUGGUGCUGGUUCCAAUGCGGGAUCCCUUUUGGUCGAUGGCCUCGGAGACGGUGUCCUGUUAGAAGCCCCAGAUAAGGAUUUCGAUUUCGUAAGGAAUGCAUCCUUCAAUUUGCUACAGGGUUGCAGAAUGAGGAAUACGAAGACCGAGUAUGUUUCAUGCCCAUCUUGUGGCAGAACAUUGUUUGAUCUUCAAGAAAUAAGUGCUGAAAUUCGGGAAAGGACAUCUCAUCUUCCUGGAGUUUCUCAAGAUUCAAUUUCAUUUCAUUUCUUCCUAAUGUCAUCAGAUUGCAAUUAUGGGUUGUAUUGUAAACGGUCCUGUGGAGAUGGCUGA